UACCCGGCGCUUCACAUGGGUCUGCUGCUCCUGGGUGUCUGGGGGAUCUUGCUGCUCCUGGGGCUCUGGGGGCUGCUCCGGGGCUGUGCCCGGGACCCCACCCUGGCCCCUCGGUGGCCCCCUGGGCCUCGCCCUCUGCCAUUCCUGGGGAACUUGCAUUUGCUGGGUGUGACCCAACAGGACCGGGCGCUGACGGAGCUCUCCGAAAGCUAUGGGCCAGUGUUCACAGUCCACCUGGGAGCUCAGAAGACCGUGGUGCUGUCGGGCUACGAGGUGGUGAGGGAGGCCCUGGUUGGGACUGGGCAUGAGCUGGCCGACCGGCCCCCAAUCCCCAUCUUCCAGCUCAUCCAGCAAGGAAGGGGCAUCUUCUUUUCUUCUGGAGCUCACUGGAGGGCGGCUCGCCAGUUUACGGUGCGCACGCUGCACAGCCUGGGUGCGGGACAGCCACCCAUGGCGGCCAAGGUGCUUCAGGAGCUGGCCUGUCUUGAAGCGCAGCUGGACAGCUACGGAGGCCAGCCCUUCCCCCUGGCUCUGCUGGGCUGGGCUCCCUGCAAUGUCACCUUCACGCUCCUCUUCGGCCAGCGCUUUGACUACCAGGACCCCGUGUUCGUGUCCCUGCUGAGUCUCAUUGACCAGGUCAUGGUCCUGUUGGGGUCACCUGGCAUACAGCUCUUCAACACCUUUCCCCGGCUGGGCGCCCUGCUGCGGUUGCACAGGCCUAUCUUGAGCAAGAUCGAGGAGGUGCGGGCCAUCCUGAGAACCCUCCUGGAGGCUCACAGACCGCCCUUGCCAAGCGGCCGCCCCCGAAGUUACGUGGAAGCUCUUCUUCAGCAGGGCCAGGAGGAUGACCCCGAGGACAUGUUUGGUGAGGCCAGUGUCCUGGCCUGCACACUGGACAUGGUCAUGGCUGGCACAGAGACCACGGCAGCCACGCUGCAGUGGGCAGUCUUCCUGAUGGUUAAGCAUCCACGUGUGCAGGGUCGUGUGCAGGAGGAGCUAGACCAAGUGCUGGGCCCUGGGCGGCUACCCAAGCCGGAAGACCAGCGGGCCCUGCCCUACACCAGCGCCGUGCUGCACGAGACGCAGCGGUACAUCACACUCCUGCCCCACGUGCCCCGCUGCACGGCUGCUGACGUCCAGCUGGGUGGCUACCUGCUCCCCAAGGGCACUCCCGUGAUCCCUCUGCUGACCUCGGUGCUCCUGGACAAGACGCAGUGGGAGACCCCAAGCCAGUUCAACCCACACCACUUCCUGGAUGCCGAAGGCCGCUUCGUGAAGCGGGGGGCCUUCCUGCCGUUCUCCACCGGCCGCCGCGUCUGCGUUGGGGAGAGCCUGGCCAGGACAGAGCUCUUCCUGCUGUUCGCUGGCCUCCUCCAGCGGUACCAUCUGCUGCCCCCGCCCGGCCUCAGCCCGGAGGACCUGGCUCUGCGGCCGGCCCCAGCCUUCACUAUGCGGCCGCCUGCCCAGACCUUGCGUGCAGUGCCUAGGUCCUAGGGUGCUCACGCGCUGGAAAACGACCACAGCCUAGCCUACCCAGGGUGCACUGCAGCGAUGGGGCAGAUGUAGUGUUCCCGCAAUGGAUGAUGGGCAAACAGUGCCUGCACUGUCCCUCCGGAGCACAGUGGGGCCAGAUUGCCUGCCGGCUGGAGGCUGGCCUUUCGUCUGGGCAUCAUGGCCGUCAGGCAUACCUGCCCAAGCCAGCAGCCCUACUGGCUUGAUAAUGGUGCUUGCAGAGUCCUAACCCACCUUCCAGCCUCCUACAGCCCAAAUACCUCACACAGCUCCGCACUCUGGUUCCCGAGGCAGCCAAAUCGCCAGAGCACAGGGUCCACCCCAGUCCUUUCACUGUUCCCCCGCCCCCAGGCCCCAUCGUCGGCUGCCCCCAGGCUCCCCCGGGCCACGGUGGUCCCCACACCCAUAUGUCUGGCCUGUAGCCCUUCCACAGCCCACGUGUACCCUCCCGUCUCCCUAGGGAGAGUCUGCCAGCCAGUUUGGGGUGCUCCACCUUUGGCUGGCACCAAGGGGACCCCGGGGGCUGCCUGAGCUUGACCGCAGGUGCCAUUUCUGUUGUGACGACACUCUGUGGUCACCUGAGGCAGGAAUGCAUGAGGAAAAGCACCUCUUCCCACUGACGUCCUAGGAACCUUUCCCAGCUUCCAGAUGCCAGCUCUCACUGACAGAGAGGAACCCACCACAUUUCCCUUUUCGACUUGGCUCCCAGGAAACUCAGAGCUCCACUUCCUGAUCCUCCCACCCUGCUCCUUUGUGUUGUCUGUAUUCCUUGCUUCUCAGGGUGCUCACCUGAGGCUCUGAAACUCUCAGCCCAGCUCCGGCAGAGCCCUCAGCAGCAGCCCUGCAGCCCCUGGUACGGCUGAGGACAGUGCGGGGCUUCCCCAAGUGGGAAAGGCCAGGGCUAGAUGCCACUUUGAUCGGCAGGAGCCAGCCAGAGCGUGUGUGAGACCCAGAUCAGGUGACACUAGGGUCGCUCCUGGCGAGGAGAGCCUGGCGGUGCUGACUGAAGGGUCAUGAAUGAGUUACCCUUGGGCACUGACGGCACAUGGCUUUAGUGCUGAAAGCAGGAAGUGUAAUUAAACCUGAGGUGACAGAAGUGACGGACACAGGCCGGGGACAGAGCUUUGUAGGUGAGGACGGGUCUGGCUACAGACAGCCAGAUCGCCUGGGACCCGUGACCCAGGGAGAGGUCCACGCUUUGGCUGGCUGCCUGUCUCCCCACAUAGCUGUAGAACUAGGCCACUGUGCCCAAGUGCUAGCGACCUGUGAGAAGACCAUCCCUUUGUUUGAGAACAGCCUUGUGUGUGUGUGUGUGUGUGUGUGUGUAGCCCUGGCUAUCCUGGAAUUCACUCUGUAGACCAGGCUGGCCUUGAACUCAGAGAACUGCCUGCCUCUGCCUCCAUGUCCAUCCUAACAGUUGACCCAGGGACAGCUCAAGUGAGCUGGUAGGCUGGUAGCAUUAGAAGGCGCUGGCCCAGCUCAUCCUCUCUUCUGCCGCAGGGCAUGACUUGCUUAGGGCUUGUGGAAGUAGGGACCGCCCUCUAGUGGCAGUUGGGUCUGAAUGGCCGGCCCUGGAACCCUGGCUGCUCUCACAGGCUCCGGAGGCUGUGAACGCCUGGCCCUCCAGGUGCUGAGGGCAGCCCGGCUUCAGCCCAGCUGUCUCUGGCUGCCCAUCUCCUCGCUGUGACCCAUGUUCUGACCACUUGGAGCGGCACGUGGGUGGUGGAACUCUGUCCUCUGGGCUGCGGAUCAGAGCAGCUGUCAUCACCUGAAGGAGGGCCUUGAGGGCCUGGGCCUAUCAACAUCCCACGUAGGAAAUAUGUGCGUGGAAGGUCACCUGAGCACCCUGAGCGCCCAGCCACCAUCCCCUCCUGCCUCCUCAACUGUGGGCUGCAGCCUGCUUGGGCAGAAAAUGCCUGGUAAGGCAGACAUUCUGUGCGGCGAUCAAAACUCAGAAGUAAAAGGUGAGGCUGGUUUGUGUCAGUCAGUGCACGCCUCUAUCCCAGCAUUCGGGACGGGGAGGCAGAGGCAGGUGGACCUCUCUGAGUUUGAGACCAGCCCGGUCUACACAAUGGGUUCCAGGUCAGCCAGGGCUAAUCAGAGAAACCUUGUCUAGAAAAACGAAAAGAAGAAAAAGAAAGCAGUAAAAGGUGUUACAAAUCCUGGUUGUUUCCUGGUGUCACACAGCGCGAUUCGCCUGCAGUCUUGGUUCUGAACACACACACACUGUCCGUGCCCUCAUGACACGUAAUACAGAGCCUGAAACAGCUUGACCCAGGGCCAGGUAGUUUCAGUCUUGGGGCUUUAUUUUAUUUGGUUUUGAGACAGGCUUUUCCCGUGUAGCCCAGGCUGUCCUGGAACUCACUCUGUAGACCAGGCUGGCCUCGAACUCAGAGAUCUGCCUGCCUCUGCCUAAGAGCUGGGAUUAUGCAUGAGAGUCUCAGGGCUUUAAGGACAAAGGUUUCGUUCUUAGAGCCGCCUAUGGAAAACAGCCUUCCAUGGUUUUGUCUCCCCCUCAGCUUCUCAGAAACAAACCUAUGUUAUCUGCAGACAG